AUGCUGUGCAACGGGGCGCCCUCGGCGCUGGGCGACUUCGACUACAAGCAGGUGAAGGGCCAGUCGGCCGCCGAACAGCUCGUCUCCCCCGAGCCCGACGUGACUGUGAUUCCGCGGGUGAAGGAGGACGACGAGAUGCUCAUUCUGGCGUGCGACGGUGUCUGGGACGUGUUCUCCAGUCAGGAGCUCUGUGAGUACCUCAUCCACCGUCUCAAGUGCUCCUGCUCCCUGUCCGAGGCCUGCGAGGAGACCAUCGACACGGCCCUCUUCAAGCUGCCUCACGCUGCUAUCUCAAGCGGUCCCAUCUGCCCUCAACGUGUUCGAGAGGACCUAGUGUGGACCUCUACGUGGAAUGAACUGACGGCAGACUCCUGUUCCCGCCUCAACCGUUCCAGGCGCUCUAUUUCGAAUGCUCACCUGUGCCGCGGACCUCAUGAAGCGGCAAUGUGA